UUUCAUUCAAACCCGCCAAAAUUAGGUUUAUUAAUAACGAAGUGAGACUUCUCUAGGGUUUCUCUUCUUCAUCGUCGGCUCCAGAUCCUCCUCCUGCUUCGAGUUUAUAGAGAUGGGAAGAUGUCCGACUAGGAAGGUGAAGAAGAGGCGCCUGUCUCACAAGACAGCUCGUCGUGACAAAUUCGAAGUCAAAGGCGACGAUUUGGUGUACACUGAGUUGCGUAAACCAGAGAAGGAGGCAAAGCCUUUGGAGCUUAGUGAGGAUUUGCCUGGAAUGGGCCAGUUCUACUGCUUACACUGCGAUCGGUACUUCUCUAAUGCCUCUGUGCGUGAUGAUCAUUUCAAGACUAAGAAACACAAGAAGCGUGUGAAGUUGAUGAAUGGACCAGCGCCACACUCACAACUCGAUGCUGAUUUAGCUGCUGGAAUGGGCAUGCCGGACAAUGGUCCAAAACUCAUGGCUGCUUGAGUUUUGCUUAAGUCUUUUUUUUUUUUUUGCUUUCUUAAUAGAUCACAGUUAAUGGAACCUGUGGAUUGUUGUUGUAAGGUGGUCCUUAGUACAACUCCUAAAUUAACGAUAGUAAGUUUUUUUCCCUGAUUGUCUUACAAUGAUAUAAGCUAAAUUAUUU